UAGCAUUCUUCGAGAGUAGACUCUAGAGUUUAUGAUUAACACACCUUCUCCUGAUGAUACCAGAGGCUUAGAAUGAUUGGUGACUUUCACAGAUAAGUUACUUGUCUUCGUAAGCUAUAAGAGAAGAACCGGUUGGCUGUUUAUUUAGUCACACUCAGUUUUUCAUGAGAGUCACAUUGAUAAAGUUUAAAUACCUCCGCGAAAGUGUUUUGAAAAUUGGAGCAUUGUGCUAAGUUAAAAUGAUAUCCACCAGAUACGACAGUGCUAAGAAAUAUUGGUGUGGUAAUGAAGAUCCAAGUCCAAUGUUUCAUGAAAAUGUUACUGUUGCCCGUGCUGUGCUCUAUCUACUUAAAUUAAAUCCUGAUAAGGCUUGCCAAAUCAGUGCUGAUGAUGGAAGUCAGAGAACCAAUGGAGAGAUUUAUGAAGAUACUUUUAAGAUUGCCCUAAAUAUGCAGAAGAACGGCUGUUCCAAAGGAGAUGUCAUAGGUUUCGUCUGCAAAAAUUCCCAUCAGUUAACACCAACUAUUCUAGCAUGCCUGUAUUUAGGAGCCCCAAUUAAUGCUCUGGAUGUAGCAUUUACAAAAGAUGAGAUUAUUAACAUGUUCCGGACCACUAAACCUAAAUUUGUCUUCUGUGACGAUGACGUGGCAAGAACCGUCCAGAGAUCUCUGUUGGAACUGGAGAGUAGGGCCACUAUCAUAGUUAUUGGACAACGAGUGGCCAAUUUUGCUCAUAUUGAUGACUUUCUUGAUGAUAAGGGCUCUCAAAUGGAGAUCAUGAGUUUGAUCAUGAAUCCUCCAGAGGUAGACAAGAAUUCCUGUGCAGCUAUUCUCUGUUCAUCAGGAACUACGGGUCCAGCUAAGGGAGUAGCCCUAUCUCAUAUGACUUUACAACUUCAGUUUUGUCGUCCUGUGAUGACCCUAUUUAUCGAGCAGAAUGAUAAAGUGUUCAGUUUUAGUUCACUUUACUGGCUCUCUGGAUAUACCAUGAUGUUCAUGAGUUUCUUCCUGGGUGUUACAAGAAUCAUCACGACAAAACCCUUUAGUCCAGAGUACGCUAUAAAAAUCAUAAAGGACUACGAUGUAGCUCUCUUGUUUCUACCUCCUGCCCAAACAUCUCUUCUUGUCAAUUCGCCGGCUUUUGAGAAGGAUUCUCUAGCCAAUGUUAAGAGUUACAUGUGCGGCGGAAGUCUUGUGACCCAAGAAUUAGCCAUGAAGGUUAGACAGUACGUUACCAAUGGGCUCUUUACUGUUGGAUAUGGAUGUACAGAAUCCGGAGGAAUCUCUGCCCAAAUGAUGCCAUCAGCCAAAGUAUCCGUGGGUAAUCUUGCAGCAGGAGUGACAGUUAAACUACUCAAUGAAGAAGGGAAUCAAGUUGGUGUUGGAGAAUCAGGAGAGAUUUGCGUUAAAAGCCGUACACAGUUCCUGGGAUACUAUAAUAAUCCGAAGGCCACAAAGGAGAUCCUGGACAAAGAUGGAUGGAUCCAUACAGGAGACAUUGGUCAUUUCGAAGAAGAUGGACAACUCUACAUCACCGGUCGAAAUAAGGAAAUGUUUAAGUACAGCAGUUACCAAAUAGCACCAUCUGAACUUGAAGAAAUCCUUGAAACACAUUCAGGAGUUCUCCAGGCUGUUGUUGUAGGCAUUCCUGAUCCAACUUAUACCGAUCUUCCGGCUGCAGUUAUUGUACGGAAGAAUGGAUCCACGGUAACCGAAGAAGAACUAAUGAAGUUCGUAGAGGGCAAAGUAAUGGACUAUAAGAAACUUCGAGGAGGUGUUUACUUCGUCAAUGAAGUCCCUAUGACGCCUUCUGGGAAGAUAAGGAAGAUGAAAGUCAGGGAAUUGGCUAUUAGUCUCUUCAAAGCGAAGAGUAAUUUGUAGGGGUCGCUUUGAAACUUUGUGAAGUUACGUAGAUUAUUUGGUUCUUUUCUUUGAAGUUCCUCGUAAUUGUCUUGUAAUAUUUGCACAUGUGUUGUAAUUUACCAUUAAAUGGUUGUUUUUAUGCUGAA